CAUGUCAUUUUAAAAUGGUUCCCACCCAUUUCACAGUUUCCUCCCAUUAGACAGUCACAUUAAGAUAAAUCAUUCUGCAGUAUGAUCUAAUUUAGCUUCUUUUGCGUUAACCAGACAAUGUUGCUCAUAUUUUGUCUCUCUCUUGUGUCUACAACUGGACGUUGCACAGACGUCCGGAGCUUUGUAACAAAGACCGUUGGUGUUGGACAAGAUGUGACUCUAAUAUGUAGCCGUAACUCUAAAUCAGGAGGAUUGUUAUUUUGGUUCAGAGUUGUUACUGGAAACUUGCCUGAAGUUUUGGGAGCAACUUAUACCUUUGACAGUUCCACAUUCAAUGAGACUCCUCGCAUCACGGCAAAACAAGAGCCUGGAACAUUUAUUCUGCGUAUUACUCAAACAAAGCUGAGCGACACUGCCUUUUACUACUGUGAAGAAAUAGUUGAACUACGAACAACCUUUCUGAAUAUCACCUUUCUGGCAGUCAAAGGACCAGAAGCUGAUAUCACUGCUGUCAUUCAAGACGUUCCAUCUGAGCGAGUCCAUCCAGGAAACCCAACGACUCUGCAGUGUUCGGUCCUUUCUGAGUCGAAGGAGAAAACAUGUCUAGAACCACACAGGGUGUUCUGGUUCAGAGCUGGAUCAGAUCAAUCUCAUCACAGUUCAAUUUAUGUUCAUGGAAACGGUAGUGGUAAAUGUGAGAAGAAGUCUGAGUCUCGUUCUUCACAGAAAUGUGUCUACAGUUUGUCCCAGGACGUCACCUCCUCUGAUGCUGGGACUUUUUACUGUGCCGUGGCCACAUGUGGACAGAUAUUAUUUGGAAAUGGGACAAAGCUGGAAAUGGAAGGUAACCACCUAUUUGUCAUUUGAAUUUUGACAUUGACUUGACAUUCUAAUUUCAGCUUAUAUUUUGAAGGUUUAACUUCUGUUGUUUUUAUCCUAAUCUUUUUCAGCAGCCAACAUCUCAGCAAAUGGUGUCGAUACAGUUAUGUUUCUGUUGUGUGCUGCUUUGGCCCUCAGUUUGAUUGUCAUAGCCUUACUGGUUUACACCAUCAAGAAAAAGAACUGUGAUUGUUUCAAUGGUAAACUGUCUUACUUGAUAUGACUCCACUUUUUUUCAGUAUAUAAUGAAACACUGUGUCCUAACUGAUUGUUAUUCUUGGUUCAUAUAAUCCAGCUGCUGCUGUCCCACAAAUAAGUGCUACAGUAACCAGCGGUGUUCAACAAAGACAGCCAACAGAAGACUCAUUGGUUUAUUCUGCACUAAAUUUUACAAGGAAAAAUGCCGGCACAAGGAGACCUGCAAGAGAAGUCGAGGGAGAGAGCAUUUAUUCUGAGGUCAUUUUUUGGGGUGUGAAUAGCAACAUGGACACUGAAGGUCAGAAUUGAUCUUAAUAUUUAUGUAUGGAAUGGUACAUGUGAAUAUUUAGAAAUAUGUUCAGUAUUGUUAAAUAGUAAAAUAUUUUGAGUGACAUGUAAACACUUGUUUUUGUAUGUUUGGAUCUGAUUUUUAUAGUAUCAAUUUUGUUUGAUUCAGAUAGCUUUGUUUCAGUAGUUUUGUAACCGUUUAAGUCGAUGGAUAGAUUGAUAUAUACCGGUAUGUCUCAUCUGUCUAUUAUAAGCCCAUAGUUAAUGUUCAGUCACAUAAAUCUAAGCAGCAGUUCCAAAUGUUUUUGUACUGUUUAUAGUUGAAGAAAUGUUGGGUUUGUGCAUAUGAAGCUUAAUUGUAUAACUUUCUUUUGUAAAUUUAUGUCAAAGAAGUGUUCAUAUUUGCAGUUUCACAUUGAUGGAAGUUUAUUCCAACAGUUUUAAGAAGGUUUUAAGCAAAUUUUCCAGUUGAUUUUAAAAAAGA